AUCAACCCCAACAUGCAGUGCUGCAGCUGGCUGCGGAUUGGGCACAUCACGUCAGCCCACAUCCGAGUGACACAUACUAGUACACGGGUGGACUGCGGACAGCCCGAGGCCAUUGCUAUAAGCAGAUUUGACUAUUGCGAAGAGCAACUUCAUCCAUUUUAGCAUGGCUACCUAUAUCCUUUGGAACCUCGUUCUUUCAGCAAGCUCUGUAAUCGUUGCGUUCGGAUGUUGGAAGUUAGGACAGCGAGUCUGGCGCAACCUUAGGUCGCCACUGCGCGCACUACCGGGCCCAAAAGGAACGAGCUGGCUAUAUGGAAACGUAAAGGAUAUUUCCAACCUGGAUAAUCCAGUCCUUCACUGCGAGCAAUGGGUGGGGCAGUAUGGGACAACCUUGAAAUACAAAGGGUUCCUCUUCUCAGACCGAUUAUUCACGAUGGACACCCGUGCACUGAAUCAUAUUCUCACCCAUAGUAACGAUUACCAGAAACCAUCACGAGUCCGGUAUACUCUUUCUAGAAUAUUUGGUGAAGGUGUCCUGCUUGCCGAAGGGGCUCGACAUCGUCAGCAGAGAAGGAUCAUGAACCCUGCCUUUGGACCCGCUCAGAUCCGCGCACUAACGGACAUCUUUUUCGCCAAAUCCAUCAAGCUUCGAAAUGUCUGGUCUACCAUGACCGUUGCUAGUGAACACGCGGCUCGGAUAGACGUCAUUCCCUGGCUGAGCAAAAUGACGUUGGACGUCAUCGGGCUUGCAGGCUUCAACUAUGAUUUUGACACCCUGAAUGCGACUGGUAAAUCGAAUGAACUUAACCAAGCGUUCUCGCUUCUGCUUUCUGCCAGUCAACAGACUAGAAUCCUCCCCAGGCUCAAGGCAUGGAUUCCAUUGCUCCGAUGGAUCGUACCCUCUGAUCGUGAUAGAAAGAUAGAUGCAGCCCAAAAAACGAUAGGUCAUAUCGGCAGCCAGCUCCUGCAUGAUGCUAAGGCCGCUGUCACAUCAUCUCACGGCGAUGAAAAAGGUAGUUCCAUUGAGAAGAGCAGUCUUAAAGGGCGCGAUUUACUCAGUUUACUUGUUCGUGCCAAUAUGGCGACCGAUAUCCCAGAGAACCAGAGGAUGUCCAACGAGGAUGUACUUGCGCAGGUCCCGACUUUUUUGGUUGCAGGACAUGAGACCACGAGCGCGGCAACAACUUGGGCACUCUAUGCGCUUUGCCUACGCCCGGACAUCCAAACCAAGCUCAGGGAGGAACUCUUGACAGUAGAGACCGAGACUCCGUCCAUGGACGAACUCGUGGCGCUUUCGUAUCUUGACGCGGUUGUGCGCGAGACGCUUCGUUUGCAUGCACCCGUCCAUGGCGUAAUUCGCGUCGCAAUGAAAGACGAUAUUCUCCCGGUGGACACGCCUUUUACGGACAAGUAUGGAGUGGUUCAUAAUGGGAUCAAGGUUAGCAAGGGCGACCCAAUUUUCGUCCCCAUAUUAGCAAUCAACAGAUCGGAGGCGAUUUGGGGCACCGAUGCAAAAGAGUUCAAUCCUGACCGCUGGGCGUCACUUCCAGAGGUAGCAUCGCAAGUCCCUGGGGUCUGGGGACACCUCAUGACGUUCAUUGGUGGUCCGCGCGCGUGUAUUGGGUAUCGCUUUUCACUAGUGGAGAUGAAAGCUCUUCUCUUUACCCUGGUUCGAGCUUUUGAGUUCGAGCUUGCUGUUCCUGCUUCGGAUAUUGGAAGGAGGUCGGCGAUCGUACAGAGGCCGUUCCUGCGCAGUGAUCCAAGGAACAAAUCCCAGCUUCCCUUGCUGGUCAAGUCGUAUUGCAAGACUUCAGGACUUUUGUAACCCUAUUCUUCAAUUCUGUAUGCAACAGCCGCUUUCUGUGUGGGUAGAUGCGCUCGCCAAAAGUCAUCCUCGCUUAGCUGAGGAUGAUAACCAA